GUUACGCCCAAUUCUUCCCAUCCUUUCCGUUGGUCAACAACCAAAAAAAGAAAAGUCCACUUUCGUUUUUCACUAGUCCUACAGGCAGGAAGGAAGGACUCCCUUUCUCUUUCUUUCUGGAGGGAAUCAUUUUCUAUAUUCGAAUAGAAUCCAAAAAAUGCCUCAAUUGGAUAAAUUGACUUAUUUUUCACAAUUCUUCUGGUUAUGCCUUUUCUUCUUUCUUUUCUAUAUUGCCAUAUGCAAUGAUGGAGAUGGAGUACUUGGGAUCAGCAGAAUUCUAAAACUACGGAACCAACUGCUUUCACACCGGGAGACCAACAUCCUACGCAACGACCCCAAGAGUUUGGAAGAUAUCUUGAGAAAAGGUUUUAGCACCGGUGUAUCCUAUAUGUACUCCAGUUUAUUCGAAGUAUCCCAAUGGUGUAAGGCCGUCGACUUUGGGAAAAGGAAGAAGAUCACUUUGAUCUCUUGUUUCGGAGAACUAAGUGGCUCACGAGGAAUGGAAAGAAAUAUAUUCUAUUUGAUUUCGAAGUCCUCAUAUAGCACUUCUUCCAAUCCUGGAUGGAGAAUCACUUUACGGAAUGACAUAAUGCUAAUGCAUGUUCUACACGGCCAAGGAAGCAUCGGUUUUGAAUCUCAUUAUGACUUGCCUCAACCAGAGAGAUCAACCUGCGCCUUUGAUUUUACGCAGAACGAACUAAUCCGCGACCAGCAAAGGCAUGAUUAUCAUUUGGUAGAUCCAAGUCCAUGGCCUAUUUCGGGUUCACUCGGAGCUUUGGCAACAACCGUAGGAGGUGUGAUGUACAUGCACUCAUUUCAAGGGGGUGCAACACUUCUCAGUUUGGGCCUCAUAUUUCUCCUAUAUACCAUGUUCGUAUGGUGGCGCGAUGUUCUACGUGAAUCCACGCUGGAAGGACAUCAUACCAAAGUCGUACAAUUAGGACUUCGAUAUGGUUUUCUUCUUUUUAUCGUAUCGGAGGUUAUGUUCUUUUUUGCUUUUUUUCGGGCUUCUUCUCAUUCUUCUUUGGCACCUACGGUAGAGAUCGGAGGUAUUUGGCCCCCAAAAGGGAUUGGGGUUUUAGAUCCUUGGGAAAUCCCUUUUCUUAAUACCCUUAUUCCCCCUUCAUCCGGAGCUGCCGUAACUUGGGCUCAUCAUGCUAUACUCGCGGGGAAGGAAAAAGGAGCUGUUUACGCUUUAGUAGCUACCGUUUUACUGGCUCUAGUAUUCACUGGCUUUCAAGGAAUGGAAUAUUAUCAAGCACCCUCCACUAUUUCGGAUAGUAUUUAUGGUUCUACCUUUUUCUUAGCAACUGGCUUUCAUGGUUUUCAUGUGAUUCUAGGUACUCUUUUCUUGAUCAUAUGUGGUAUUCGCCAAUAUCUUGGUCAUCUGACCAAGGAGCAUCACGUUGGCUUUGAAGCAGCUGCAUGGUACUGGCAUUUUGUAGACGUGGUUCGGUUAUUCCCAUUUGUCUCUAUCUAUUGGUGGGGAGGUAUAUGAAGGAACGAAUCAGUGGAUUGAGGAAUGAAAGCUCGAAGACAAAGAGAACCGGGCUUUUCCAAAGAAUUACUGCAGCUUUCCCACUCCCUUUGAUUAUCAUAUACAAAAAAGUAUCUUCUACUUUCCUACCAAAUCUCUCUCUAUUCUGGCACAUAAAUUCAGGGAUCGAAGAGAUUAUGGCGGAUCAUGUUCACCAAGAAAUGACUCGAAAUUGGAUCUUGGUUUAUUUGAGAUUGUUUCUUUUAAUCGUAAUCAAAGAUGUUUUCUUGUCUCUCCUUUCUUUUCUGAACAAAUCGAAGAACCUAAUGGAUCGAACUAAUACAUUUGAGAAAGUUGAAUCAGAAAUAAAUGGAUGAUUUCUUGAAGAAGGGCCUAAGAACAACAACGAAGCACAACCUAAGAGAAGAGAGGGCAUUCCCUUUUCUAGUGCGCCUCGCCUAGGGAUGUGGUCCUGCCUGAAGCUCUCAACUCCUAUCACAGAACUGCUCCGGACGAGGAACUUAUUACUAUUGAAUAUAUAUUUAAGCCGGAUAGACCGAUAAAAACCACGCCCCUGUUGGCCGCAGCAGCCGAAGACAAAGACAUUCUAUAAUCAUCUAUAAUCAAAGGUAAGGUGCCAAACCCGUAUUGUACCGGAGCAUAUUCUAUAUUAAGAUGGCAUCGAACCGGACCUCUAUUCAUAGAGCAAGUCCUAGUCUUAAAUUCUUAAAUAAGGAAGGUCCGACUUAUUACUUCUUUUUUGAAUAUAUCUUAUAUGACUCAGCAAACACAGUCUUAGAUACAACGCUCUGAAACUCCUCAAUCGACUCUCCACCCCAAGAGCGAUAACAACCCUAUCUGACUAUAUAUUUUUUGCAACUUCUAACACCUCUACAUGGAUAGAGCUUGAACCCUUGGGCAGGCAAUAAGCAUUAUAUAACCAUUAUAUAACUAAGUCCCUAGUCUGAGUUUGAUCUAUGGGUCAGGAUUGGUAGAAGAGGCCUGUCCUGCUUGACUUUGACUCUUUCCUUGACGUGGAACGAUUGCUGCAACGUUUCUUGGUUGAUUUUGAACCCCAACAAUCAUUGAAAUGAACGAGCAUUUUCGGGGACUAGCCUCCUACCUUAUAUUUUCAUUGGUAUUAGAUCGAAGAAAGAACAACCAUACGCCUAUAACUCCACGACGGGUGAUCGGAUGUACGUCCCGCGAUGGGACAA